AGCAAACUAUUUAAGAAAUAAAAUAAAUUAUAUAGAGUUUAAGAAAAAGUUUCAAGGAAUAGAAGCGUAAAACUUAAUAAACUAAUUUCAAAUUUUUGUUUGCUAACUUUCCUACCGACUCGAACCGAAGGAUAUGAACCGAACGACGCAGACUAAACUCUGCCAUGCACUCCCAGUGCUGCUGCUGACGCUCCUCCUGCUCUGCGUGGAUCACACAGCGAGUCGCCCCUCGACCGAGAACGAGGGCGACACCUCAACCUUGCCGCCUGGUGCUGACAAUAUUGAGAUUCAUCAUGUGGAGGUCGUGGAUGGCGUUAACCACGAGGAUCAUCCGGUGAUCAUGUACAAGGAGGACUUUGUCAACGAGGAUUACGAUCCGACUAAAAAUGAGACCAAGUCCAUCUACCCCAAGCUGUAUAAGCGCACACAACGCACAAGACAUCAUCAUAGUCGAGCCACUGCGCAGCCAGCGGUGGAGGAGGAGAAGAUUCUGUUCGAUGUGCUGCCCGAGACGCCGCUGAUAUUGAGCGACGACGACGAUAAGAGCAAGCAGCGGACAGAGGAGCCGACGAAGGAGGCGUCACUGCACAAGUAUCCCAAGAAGUAUCACCGCCGUCAUCGUCGCCACGCCUACAACCAGAAUGUGCGCCAGCUGUAUAGAAACGACCUCUAUGCGCCACAGCCAGAGCCAGUCUACUAUCACUCAGUGCCGGCGCCCCACUAUCUGCCCAUUCGGCCAGUGCAAUACUAUCGCUAUCCAACGAUUGGCAAACCACCAAAGUACCAGGGAAAACUUCCCUUCUGGCGGACUGAUGCGCCGCCCAAGGAGCCCGCAAGUAUCGGCACUCGCCUCGAUACCGAUGACGAGAACAGCCUCUUCCACAACUCCAAUCCGGCUGACGCAGACUUCUCUGUGUUCGAUCAGCCCCAGCCGAAUAACACGAUUGCGGACCAAAACAACAAUAACAACUACUGGCCCGUGCAAGAAGUAGAGCAGCCACCAAUUUGGAGUCCAAGUGAAGCUCGCCGACCAGGCAUCAGCGCGCCCGUCUUCCAGUCGCCCCCUUGGGCCAUAACGCUCCAGCCAAGGCCCCAGACACUGCCUCAGCCACAGCAACAGCCACGUCCCAUGUUUCGACAAGAUGCCGUGCUAUUCCCGCAGGAGUCCAGCUAUGCAUCAGGCACGGCCUGUCAUCGCGCCUCGCAGCAGUGCUGCAGCCUGGAAUCGCUGGGUCCGCUUUACGACUGUUUUCACCGACGGGGCUGCGAGCAACACCUCGCUGAAAUACUCUCUACUUGCUCUUAGUCUUUAAUCAGUUGCAUCACCCAUUCGCCAAGAAGAAGAAUCAAACUGAAUAUUUUGCUUAAAUCUCGACAUCAACAUAAAUCUAAAUAACGUCAGCUUUUCGGCAUUUGCUGGCUCGAGAAACUCGCAUUUCAGGCACAUUUGAAAACUUUUUUAUAAGAAAGAUCCCUAAGAAUAAGAAAAACGCUUCUCUUAUCUUUAAAAUUUUUGAAAAAUCUUUUUUUUUCCACAGAGUUAUUAGCUCUUUUAAGCUGAUCUACUCAUAUGUUCGCUUCGCUUGCUCAACAGCUGAUGUCUUGUUAACAAGUAUGAAUUUUACUAUCAUUUCAUAGAGUAGAAGUACCACAUACUCAGAUAUCUCAAGUCAAAAUUUGUGUCUAUCCCUUUCGGAAGUGGUCGAGCAAUUGAUUUCGGUAUUCCUGUUUCUGAUUUGAAAGCAGUGCUUCGACAUGCCUGUUAUUGGAGUUUUCAUAACUCCAUAUUAUCAACGUGGUACUGUACCUUCUCAUCUAUAUCGAUUCAAUAUAUGCUACAUAUGCCUCGCUUUUGUUUUCCUAGAGCUUGACUACUAUUUUCAUGCAUAUUAUGGAACAACAGAAAUCUAGUCGAAUGCUUUGUUUACAUUUCCCAACAAACAGUUGUUUACACACACACACACAGACACACCCACACACAAUUAUAAAUUUAAUACUCGUACUCGCCUAACAUAAUAUUUACAUAUAAUUUAAGGUAUAUAUUGUUCAGACUAUAAACCAAAACUAAUAAAUGCUCACCACCGCUAACAA